CGCGCUACGGGGCGAAGGAAAGAUGGCGGUGACUGGCUGGUUGGAGAGUCUGCGGGCUGCAGAGAAGACUGCACUGCUGCAAGACGGGAGAAGGAAGGUGCACUAUUUGUUCCCAGACGGGAAGGAAAUGGCUGAAGAAUAUGAUGAAAAGACAAGUGAACUACUUGUGAGAAAAUGGCGCAUGAGAAGUGCCCUGGGAGCCUUGGGCCAGUGGCAGACGGAGGUGGGCGAUCCUGCGCCCCCAGGAGCAGGGAUCCUGGGGCCAGAGCUCAUCAAGGAGAACAAUGCCAAUCCCAUCUUUAUGCGCAAGGACACCAAGAUGAGUUUCCAGUGGCGGAUUCGAAACCUCCCCUACGCUAAGGAUGUCUACAGUGUCUGUGUGGACCAGAAGGAGCGCUGCCUUGUUGUCAGAACGACCAACAAGAAGUACUACAAGAAGUUCUCCAUUCCUGACCUAGACAGGUACCAGCUGCCUCUGGACGAGUCUUCCCUGAGUUUUGCUCACGCCAACUGCACUCUGAUCAUUUCCUACCAGAAACCAAAGGAGGUCCUGGCAGCCGAGUCAGAGCUACAGAAGGAGCUGAAGAAGGUAAAGACGGCCCAUAACAGUGACGGGGACUGCAAGACCCAGUAG